AUGGAGGCUCUUGCGACGACAAGGGAGUUCAACUACCAGAUUAGAGCUUGUGGCAGCAAGUGGUCGGAAGCCCUGUGGUUGCUUCAGGUGAUGCCAGAGGCCAACUGCGACCCGAAUGUGGUGUCGUACACCUGGGCCUUGCAGUGCUGCUUACGUGGCGGUGCACCGGAUGUGGCCCAGGAGAUCCUAUGCGAUAUGGCAAAGCUCGAAGUGCCACCAGAUGCCAAAAGCUGCACAGCGGCCAUCCGUACGUGUGCCGACGGCGCUCUGUGGGAGCAUGCCUUGAGCUUUCUGAGCCUGAUGCCGGCUGUGCAGGUGCCUGUCAACGUGGUGGCUUACAACAGUGCCAUCUACGCUUGUGGUCGGGGCAGGUGGGAAGCUGCGUUGGAGGUCUUGUCCUCGAUGUCCCGGCAACAGAUCCCGCGCGACAUCAUUAGCUACAGCUCGGCAAUCAAAGCCUGCUCCACUGCGCGGAAGUGGGAACAAGCGUUGCAAGUCCUGGAGCAUGCCGAUGGGGCUGGGCUGGCGUUAGAUGCCAAGAUCUUCAGUUCUGCAGUGGACAGCUGCCUCAACCAGUGGCCCGCCGCGCUGGAGCUGCUGAGGUGCCUGCGGCAAAAGCGGCUCCCCCCAGACGUGUACUCCCAAACCGCUGCGCUAGCCGCCCUUGCUGCAGCCGGCGAGUGGAGGAGAUCUUUGGCACUUCUCUUUGCCAUGCCGAAGGCCAAGGUCUUCCCGACCGUGGUGACCUAUGGAGCUGCGAUCAGCGCAUGCGACAAGGGCAGUCAGUGGCAACUCGGCUUGAGCCUGUUGCAGCUCAUGAACCGCCGCCAAGUGCCUCCAGAUCGCGUUUGCGUUAGCUCUGCGGUUGCAGCCUGCGGCCGGGCCUUGCGCUGGGACCAUGCCCUAGCGCUCGUCUCCAGCUCGCCAGCGAUGCAGCUGGUAUCUGAUUUCGUCAGCUGGAGUUCUGUGGUUGCUGCAUGCGCGAGUGCAUUUAGCUGGUCCGAGGCCCUUUCUUUGGCAUUGACACUUCGUGAUGAGGCACCUGAGGGUUUUGCUCCGAACGGAAUUCUGUGGGGUGGCAUCCUGGGCGCGAUGGCUCGGGCAAGACAGGACACUUCAGAGCUCGCGGAGCAUCUCCGCAGCGACUGGGGUGCCAGAACUGCUUUGCAGGCAGAAGUGGUGGACCAGGAGGAAUUGGGCGAAGGCCUGCGCUGUGUCGCUGCUGCUCCGGGGCUCCUGGCAGUGGCAAAGCCUGCAGGGAUCACCUCAGAGGCUGUGAUGCAGUUGGUGUCAAGGUGGCGGGCGAAGCAAGGCCUCAGCACCCAGAUCAUGAGGCUCUCCCGCCUGGAUGCGCAGACCUCUGGCGUGCUCCCCGUGGCCUUGGCCCCGUGCGGCUCAGGCGUGACCAGUUGGUACCAGCUGCAGUUUGCUGCGCGAAAGGUUAGGAAGAAGUACCUCCUCCUGUGCUCGGGGAAGCCUCUGCCAGAUGGCGUGCAAGGCACCAUUGUUGCGCCCCUGGUCAGCGGCCCUUCCACUGAACAAUCUGCCAUGAAGUCUGUCUGGUCAUCAGCAGGGAAGGAGGCACGCACCGUUUACAAGGUGCUUCGCACCUUCACGCUGCCUCUGCAGACCUUGAUGCUGGUGCAAGCAGAGCCGCAGACCGGGCGGACCCACCAAAUCCGCGCGCACUUUGCGGGCAUCGGGCGCCCGAUCCUAUGCGACCGCACCUAUGGAGGCUUCGAUCCAUCCUGGUGCCCCCGCCUAUUCCUACACUGUCGUCAGGUCGCUUUGCAGGACGUGGCCGGUCGCCCUUUCGCAGCCGAGGCUCCACUGUCUGCGGAGCUCCAGGAGGCGCUGGGCCAUCUGCAGGACCUGGCUGCAGGCUGA